AUGCAGUUAAUCGUAGAGGAUGAUUAUAACCUCCAUGAGAUCCCGAGAACGGAAAACCAGCAGCCUCUUCUUAUAUCUGCCUCCAUUAAUAUCAGGAAUAUUUUAGAAGUUGAUGAGAAAGAUCAAAUUGUCUCAAUGGAAACUACUUUGAGACUAUACUGGAAGGACCCAAGAAUAAAACCAAAGUAUGAAGCCCUGUCAAGUUAUGAUAGUCGUGGAAAUUAUACUAAUCUUCAUUCUUCGCUAGCAAAUACAAUAUGGAUGCCAGAUAUAUUCUUAGAUCAUGCCAAAACUAUUCGAACUCCAACAUUUUUUAGCAAACCAGCUUCACUCAGGGUGUACAAUGACAGUACAAUAAGAUACUCGGCCAGGAUAAACUUUGAUGUUGCAUGUAACAUGGAUUUCAGAAACUAUCCAGCCGACGAUCAAUCAUGUGAACUCAAGUUUCAAUCUUUUGGUCUUCAGCGUAGUCAGGUUCAUUUCACUUGGAUACCGAACAGUAUUAACGUAAACGAGCAUAUAUAUUUAUCACAAUUCGUAUUCAGGAUUCAUGCCAUGGACUCGUAUUCCACAGACUAUUAUGAUAUCAGCUACCCUGGACUAAAACUACAGUUGCAUUUGACCAGAGAGAUUGGUUAUCAUAUCGUACAGACUUAUAUUCCAUCUACGUUAUUUUUGGUUCUAGGUUGGAUGGGUCUAUUUAUCAACCCUGACUCUAUACCUGGAAGAGUAGGAAUGGGAACAACUACUCUACUAACUCAGACAUCUAUGUUCAGUAGCACUAGAGCUCAUGUACCCAAAGUAUCUUAUGUUACUUAUCUGGAUGUUUGGAUGCUUUUCUGUAUGUUCUUCGUUUUCAGUACAAUGGUUGAGUUCAUUUCAAUCCUCAUUCUCAUCCGGCAAAAACGGUUUAAACUGGCUAAAAAGGUACAAAGGCUGACCCGCCUGACCUUGCCUUGUAUAUUCAUGCUGUUUAACCUGGCUUACUGGCCAAAUGUUAUGUAUGAGAGGUGGACUGGAAACCAUUGGGCUCACAACCAUAUUAAAUAGAACCACAAAUAUUUAUAUAUCUAUAUAUAAACUUUGCUUGUCUGUCUAUUUGUUUGUUUGUAUCCAAAAAAAAACUUCAAA